CAUUUCGUUCAAAAAUCAUAACUUCCUUUUUAAGUCUAAUUUAUCUGUCUUUCUUUUGGUCGAUAUCAAAUAAUUUAAGAAGACGAGUAAUUUUUGUUUUUUGUUUUUAAAUAAUUUAAUCCGAUUGAAAUCGGCGGACCUGUAGGGAAAAUUAGAGGAGGAGGAGGAGGGUGGUUUUAAUUUAGGAAAAAGUUUAGGUUUUGGUAUUUUUGGGUGGGUUAAUUUGAAGUUUUUUUUAAAGUUUAUACUGAUAUAAAUUAUGGGAUUAGGGAGUAAUUAUGAGGAUGAUGUUGUGGUGGAUGACGGUAAUGAGGGCGGUGGUGGUGCUGGCUGCGGUGGUGUUGAUUGCGGCAAUGGAGGAAAGUCUUUCGGUUCUGUUUCAUGCUCGAUUUGCCUCGAAACGGUUACCGAUAGUGGAGAUCGGUCGUGGGCUAAGCUUCAAUGCGGUCACCGGUUUCAUUUGGAUUGUAUCGGUUCGGCAUUCAAUAUAAAGGGUUCGAUGCAAUGCCCUAAUUGUAGAAAAAUCGAGACAGGUCAAUGGCUUUAUGCCAAUGGUGGCCGUACAUAUCCAGAGUUUAAUGUCGAUGAUUGGACACAUGAUGAGGACCUUUAUGAUCUAAGUCUCUCUGAAAUGUCAUUUGGUGUUCACUGGUGUCCAUUUGGAAGCUUAGCAAGACUUCCUUCAUUCGAGGAAGGGGAGUUAUCUUCAACCACAUAUCAUGAGUUACUGGGACAGAAUGCCAUCUUUCCCGAACAUUCGGCACCCACUGCUCAUCCAUGUCCAUGUUUACCUUACUUUGGGCCAACCGUUCAUCCGUCAUCGUCAAAUUCCAGAAGUGUUUCAGAUAGUUCUAGUUUCAACAACCCCUGGACUCCAUCAGUGCCUGGUGAGGUACCUACAUCUUAUGCUUUUCCUGCAGUGGAUCUCCAUUACCAUAAUUGGGAGGAUCAUUCCCCGCCAUUUUCAACAUUUAACGGUAGAAUCAGUAGUUCCGAUCAACCUUCAAAUCCUCCUGUCAGUCAUAGGUCAGCCAGGAGUAGUUCCGAUAUGCCAAGAUUGGGAUCUUUUACGAGUCCAUUUGUUGUUGGCCACAGUUCCGGUGCUAGAGCAGGAAGUUCGGUGGCUUCUUCAUUGAUCCCUCCUUACCCUGGUAGCAACGCCCGGGCACGCAAUCGAGUUCAAGCCCUCCAGGCAUACUAUCAACCACAAUAUCCAAACACCUCUCCACCAAUGCGGACACCCAUUAUUUCUGGCUCCCGAAGGUCAAGCAAUCACAGAGUUAAUGCCCAAGUUGGGCCAGUGGCCUCAACAUCUGAUCAGAUGGGUGGGUUCUAUUUCGUUCCACCGGGUACUCCGGCCCCUAACUUUCUAGAUACCGAAAACCCUCAUUCGACUCAGUUCCAUGCUUCGGAAAGAGAUCAUUUGCCUUCAUUUUCAAUAAACCAGGUCGACCGAGAUUCAGGUUGGGGUUCAUUCCAUCAGUUCGCCGUCGCAUCCGAUCCUAGCAUAAGAUCCAGCAGCUUCCGCCGGUGGCAUGGUCCUGAGAGGACUUCAUCUCAUAACCAGUCAUAGUAUCUCUUCCUUUUAUAAGUUUUUGGGUGAAACAAACUCUCUCUCCACCAUGAAUGAAUCCAAAAAACUUAUAUAUGCUUAAGAGACGAUAUAUGUUUCGCUCGAGUCUGC